AGCGAACUCCACGUAUCGAAGCUAUUUCAUCACCCUAAUAUAUUGCCAUAUAGAGCCACAUUGAUAGCCAACAAUGAAGUGUGGGUUGUGACACCAUUCAUGGCCUACGGUUCUGCUAAAGAUCUGAUGAACACCCAUUUCACAGAUGGUCUGAAUGAGCCCACAAUUGCAUACAUCCUGCAGGGGGUGCUAAAGGCCUUGGUUUAUAUUCAUAGGAUGGGAUAUGUGCACAGAGUAUACUCGUUCAUUACAUGGACGUUUACAGCACAGAAGUAGACAAUCAUGUCCAUGCUGUUCAGCAAAGAUCUGACUACAUCAGUCCCAUUUUCCUAUUCUUGGCCCAUAGCCAUGGAGGCUAAGACAAUGCCGGUGAAUAUCUAAAUAUAGCUUAAAUGUUAUCAGAGUUUCUGACUCAGUCACCCUUUCGGGCAGAGUCCCAGACCCCCACCACCCUCUGAAUAAAAAAAAACUUUCUCUUCAAUUCUUGUACCUUCUACAUCUUACCUUAAAUCUAUAACCCUUGGUAUUGACCCUUUUGCUAACGAAGAAAAAGUGCCUUCCUACCCACCUUGUCCAAGCCCCUCAUAAUCUUUU